AUGACAGAGAUGAACAGUGUGAUGAACACAGUUAAUGGGAGUUACGAUGGCUCAGCCUGGAUUGGACUGUAUGAUGAUGUCAACAGCUGGAGAUGGUCACUGGGAAACACAGAGUUAGCUUUUAAUAGCUGGAAGACAGAAUGCCAGUACAAGUUUUGUGUUUGUUUAAAUUACCUAAACUGGUCUGAAGCUCAGAGAUACUGCAGAGAACAUCACACAGACCUUGUCAGUAUCAGGAAUGAGACUGAGAAUGAGAGGAUCGAUCUUUAUUCCAAUCUUAUCAAUGUUUGGAUUGGUCUGUAUAGAACUAGAUCUUGGUCAGAUCAGAGUAACUCUACAUUCAGUAACUGGAGGUCAGGAGAGCCGAAUAAUGCUGGAGACAGUGAAUACUGCACUGCUGUGUCAUUCAGUGAUGCUGGAGAAUGGACGGAUGAAAACUGUGAUUAUCAGUUACCUUUCAUUUGCUACAAUGUGUCCCCUUUGGCAUCAUCCCGUCAGUAUCACUUUAUCUCAGUGAAUAAGAGCUGGUCUGAAGCUCAGACAUACUGCAGACAGAAUUACACUGAUCUGGCCACCAUUGAUAACAUGACAGAGAUGAACAGUGUGAUGAACACAGUUAAUGGGAGUUACAAUGGCUCAGCCUGGAUUGGACUGUAUGAUGAUGUCAACAGCUGGAGAUGGUCACUGGAUGAUGAUGAUUUCUAUCAGGAAGGAGAGAGAGAAUUCAGAAACUGGUUUCAUGAACCAAACAACUACGUAGGCGAUGAACUGUGUGUUCUUCUGGAUUACAACGGAAACUGGGCUGAUUUUUCAUGUGACAGUUCUCAAUCAUUUCUUUGUUAUGAUGGUAGAGCAAACACCUCUCAGAAUUAUGUUUUGGUACUUGAAGGAAAGACCUGGCAUGAAGCUCAGAGACACUGCAGAGAGUUUUACACAGAUCUGGCCAUUGUGAGAAAUGAAACAGAACAUCAACAGAUACUGGACGUUACACUUUUCAGUGGUUAUAAUAUGUACAUAUGGAUUGGUCUGUAUAGAAACAGACUGUGGUCAGAUCAGAGCAGCUCUACUUUCACAUACUGGCUGCCAGAGACUUCAUAUGUUUAUCCCCAACCAGAUAAUGGUUUAUAUGUCACUGGACUGCACGGAAGUCAACAUUGUACCACUGUGUCUUUACAAUCUUUUGGCCAGUGGACAGAUGAGAGCUGCUUUGAGCGUUUGCCUUUCUUCUGCUACGGUGGUGAGAGCAUAUGUCUUUAUAAUGACAUCAAAAACAUACGUUAA